AUGUCUUGCUUAAUGAUUUCUAAGGACAAUCUGAGCCUGUUCCUCAUUCCCUGGGAAGCUAGUGACCAUAACCUGGAGGUAUCCACUACCAGGAGCUUUGUAGAAAAGGUGGCUUCAAGAGCCCCUUUCCGGCCAGACCCGUGGUUUACCAGUCGGACGCUCCAGAGCGCCGUGGACAGUGCGGGCGUGUGCGGUGUCGCUCGGAGCCGGUGUGGCUCCGCUCGCGCAGCGCCCGCGCAGCCCGCCAGGGGGACCCCGGCCCGCCCGGCGGCGUCUGAUGAGAAAAGAGUCCGAGGGGCGUGGAGCCGAGGCGCCGGCUCCAGGAAACGCGGAUUCGGCAGGGACUCUGCUACUGCCCUGCAGACCGGGGGUCCGGAUCUCCGGCUCCGCGAGCCGGGUUCCACCCCAGAGAGCCCGCGCCCUGCCGUGGGUGUGUCCCUUUCCAUCCUCCGGCCUUCCAGGCCCGAGAAGACCUCCUGCAAGCGGUCCCAAGGUCUCUUUUGUCUUUCUUGGCGGUGGCGACGCCUGAGCUGUGAUUCCCUGACCCCGGCCCCGCGCGCCCCGCCUGCUGACCACCGAGGGCCGGAGCGCGGGGAUUCCUUGCGCCCUAUGGCUGCGGCCAGUGGGCCCCCGACUGGUGGGGGUCACAGGCAGUCGCGCGCCCUCCCCUCGGAGGCCGACGCCGAUCCGAAGGUGCGGGAGUAGGGGCGUCCCUGUCCCCCCUCCACGGUCCUGCACCCGUCG